AUGCGGCUUUCUAUCAAUCAAUGUUUUCCUGACCCGCUUGCUCGGCAGUGGCCAGCCACCCAUCACCCAGUGCUGUGCGAGUGCCGACAGUUGUAUGUGCUUGUUUCCAUUUGCUGCUGUGUCCCAUCAGCGCACCUUCUUGUGUUGCAUGACGGCAUGAGUAACAGCACUGUCACUUCCAUGCCGAAAGGGCCCACGUACUUGGAGCUCCGUAUAACCGAGCAAACCCGGCGAGAGGCGUUUUGUGGAUUUCUUAUGCGAGCGGAAUCAGCUUCAACGGCGUCUGCGUCGAACGGGUUUGUGGAGGAGACCCGGCAAGUGACUGUGGUGUGUCUCCAGGAGUUGUCCGCAGCUUCCCCACAAGUUUUGUCUGCAUUGAUGGAUGUGUUGGCAUUUGGCCUAUUACGAGUGGGGAAUACAGUGAAGCGGGUGCCUUCACUUCGCAUUGUUGCCUUUUGUGACGCGCGGACAUACGCCAUCGCACUUCCCGAGCAUGUACGUAAUGCCUUCGCUUUGUCAACGUACAUGUCAGCCCUUGCCAUGGAAAGUGCUGCAGUGAUCCAGUCGGCAGAUACGCAGAGUUCGAACGUGGUGAACAAGCGCCAUAUGUUAGAGACGAUGCUCUCAGCUGACGGCGAGGACCUCAUUGAGACAGUGACGCUCUCGGGCGAAGUAUCACGAUACUUGCGGCAUCUUUUGGUUAUUCUUCGCGGUGUCAUGCUGGUCCACAGCGCCCCGGGAUGCUAUGUACCCACAUGUAUCUCACGUAUGCUGCGGCUACUGAAGGUGUUUGCGCUUCUUUUUGCUCCAGCCGCACACGAUCGUGUUGGAAAACUGCACCUUUCGCUGCGUUCAACAUCACCCCCUUCCCACCGUGGGACUGACUUGGCGCCUAUCACAAAUUUUUCCCACGUUGUGGUGUCUCCGGCGCACGUAAUGUGCUUAUUGUGCCCGAUGGUGGCGCACCUCUUUUCUAUUCGACGCGCGAUGGUGGCGUCUACCCUCGGACUCGGCUCUGAAUGCAGAAAGAAUAGCUUGCCAAUGGCCAAUGGCGAGGGGGCGAGAGCGGCAUUCACAUUGUGGGACGCAAGGGCGCUGCACUGGAUCUCCGCUGCAGGCAACACACAUGCGGAUGCCACGUUCAAUGGCGACGAGACAGCGCGGUUGGGGUUGUCAUCAACGAGGGACAUCGCGCGUGUCUUGCGAGGCAUGCAGGAGGAGUGGCUUUCGUACUUGGAGUGCCGUGAGCUAAUCCGUGUGACGGUGAUGCAACAUAGUGCCCCGCCCAAGGGAUGA